AUGCACAAGGAGAAGCUGCUAGAUUUUUGUGAUAUACUUGAUGUUCAGACCAAACACACUUUAAAGAAGGAGGAAGUUUCUGCCAAAUUGCUGGAGUUUCUGGAGUCUCCUUGCAUUACCAGAGAUGUUGUUAUCAGUGAUGUGAAGAAAGGGAAGAAACGCCGGAGGAAGUCUAAAGGAACUUCUGGAGAGAAGAAAAAGAGGAAGAGCCGGAAACAAGCAGUUGAGGCUGAAAAAGAGAAUGAUGAUGAAGAUGAUGCUGGUCCUGCUGGUUCUGAGGACGCAUCAAUGGGAGAAAGUGAUGAGGACUCUGAAGUGAAAGAAGAAACCAAGAGUGAUGAAGAGCCUGAAGCGACACCAGUUAAGAAAAAGUCAACAGAUGAUAAACAAGGAAAGAAGGAAGCUGGAUCCAAGGCAAAGGAAAAUGAUGCAUCAGUAAAGAAGACUCCUACUAAAUCUGUAAAAAGCGUGUCAAAGCCAGAUGUGGAGCCGGAGAGCAAAAAGGCUGCCAAGAAAACACCAAAGAAUUCAACAAAGGGAAGCAAUACACCUGUAGAAAAGGCCAAGAAGAAGGUUGCAAAACCGAAAAAGGAUGAUGGAAAAGAGAGCAAAAACAACAGUAAGGCACGCAAGAAGCAAGGUGCCAAGGCAUCUGGUGGAAAUAAAGGAAAAGACAAUGUAGCCCCAACCACUAAGCAGCUGCAUGGAGUUGUUAGCAACAUAUUGAAAGAAGUGGACUUCAAUACGGCAACUUUGGCCGACAUUCUCCGGAAGCUAGGAGACCACUUUGACAUGGACCUCAUGGAUAGGAAGUCGGAGGUGAAGCGCAUCAUAGAGGAAGUGAUCAACAGCAUGUCUGACGAUGAAGGCGAGGAAGAAAAUGAGGAGGAUGCAGAGGAGAAUGGCAAGAAGGGAGAAGAUUCAAAGGAGGAUCCUGAUGAAGAGGAAGAGAAAUAA